CACACUGAGGCUGGAGAAAACAGAGAGGAGGAUGUUGUGGUUUAUUAUGUCAAAGGUUACCGAAAGGUCAAGAAGAAUCAAAACAAAUGAUAGUUUUGCAGCUUUGACAGCAUGAAAUUUCUCUGUCACUGCUAUGAGGGCUGUUUCUGUUGAAUGUGCCGGAUUGUUGCCAGACCGAUUGGGAUCAUGGAGAUGGUUCUGGCGCAGAGAGAGGAGCAGGGAAACAACACCAUAGCCAUGUGUAGGCUUUACACCUGGAUGUUUCUGUCUGUCCUCACCCUUGAUGUCUUCCUCCAGGAGACAGAGACAGCAAAAUGCUGUGUUGCAUACCAGAGAAAACCUAUUCGUUGUGCCAGGCUGAAAGGUUAUGAGUUACAAGAAAUGACUAGGAACUGUGACAUGAAGGCCAUAGUUUUUCACACAAUAAACAACAAAUUAAUCUGCGCCAAACCUGAUAGAGAAUGGACCCAGGAAAGGAUAAAGUGUCUAAAGAAAAGGGCGGAAACAAUGGGGGAGAACAUUCUGAUUCCGCCAACAUGAAAAGUUCUGCGCCAUGUUCUCAGCGUGUUAGUGAAGGCUCAAAUACAACUGUAGUUGGAUCUGCAUUUUACAAGAGCAUCUUAGAAAUGUUUUUUUUUUAUUUUUUAAUCUAUUUCAUUAUUAUUAUUACUUUGGAGUUUUCUUGAAAAUGGCCCUUUGUGGGAAUUGGCAGUCAUAUGUAAUUAAUAGGUUAUGUACUUUGAUAUUCAGGCUUUUUGUAAUUUGUAAAAGAUUUUGCUUAUUUCUUUCUUUACAAAAUACUUAAUACUUAUAUAUUCUGAAUAAUGUAUUUUUAUUGUGGAUGAGUUUUUGUGGGUAUUUUUCUCAUGUUUAUUAGUAUCAAUGGGUUUUCUUUUUUAUAUUCUUAUAAACACUAUUUCUCAAAAGAUAAUAACUUGUUGCUGCUUUUUGAACAUUUAUUGUACUUUUUGUCGCGAUGGUCUUUCUCAAAAGAAAAUAACUUGUUGCUGCUUUUUGAACAUUUAUUGUACUUUUUGUUGCUAAGGUAUUUCACAAAAGGAAAUAAAUUGUUGCUACUUUUUGAACAUCUGUUGUAAUUACCAUGUAGUUCAUCAGUUAAAAUGUUCCUGAGCAAAUA